UCAAUGUGACGUAUGGACGACUUUCCAGUCAGAAAAAAGAGUAAAUUGCGAAUAUUCUUCGACGUCAUAAGAUGGAUACCGGUCCUGAUGGUCAUCGGUAUAAUUGUGUGGGCCACCUACAUCUACAUAAUAGACGUAUGUCGUUGGACAGAAGGAAGAGCAGAACAGAUCAAAUGCUUAAUAGUCUUCGCCAUGAUCUUCGCAAUGAUCUACUGGUCCUUCUUGAGAGUCAUAUUGACGAGAUCUUGCGACGUGCCUCCUGAAUUCAAACUACCACCUUCAAUCUACCGAGAGUUAGUUAAGGCAGAUAGUAUGAGGAUGUGCCACAGCAUCCUUAAGGAGUUCUCCGCCACUCUGCCUAUAAAAAAUGUCAACCCCAAUGGUUCCAUAAGAUACUGCGAGAAAUGUAGAAACGUCAAGCCUGAUCGGUGUCACCACUGUUCUUCUUGCAAAAAGUGCGUCUUAAAAAUGGACCAUCAUUGUCCCUGGAUUAACAACUGCGUUUGCUUCGGGAAUUAUAAAUUCUUCGUACUCUUCCUCUUCUACACCAUCGUAGGCUGCAUGUACGUCAUGGCCACCACUUACUCUGAUGGAUACAGAUUGUGGCGAACUGGAGAACUCCAGGGUGUGUGUUUUCAAAUAGUGACCCUCUUCUUCAUGGCUAUUCUUUUGGGGUUCAGUACUGUGACUCUGUUAUUCUACCAUUGCUAUCUGGUUUUGAGAAACCAAACUACAAUAGAGAGCAUGAGGAAACCGAUCUUCAAGAAUAGUUUGCAUAUAAAAAGUUACGAUAAUGGGUGCAAGAAUAAUUUCCACGAGGUGUUUGGAACCAACCCCUUUCUCUGGUGUGUGCCGGUUUACACAAGUCUGGGCGAUGGUGUUGAUUUUUGUGUGAAGAUGAGGGACCUGGAAGAGAUACCUCUAGUUUAAGUAUCAAGUAAAUUAAUAAAUAUUUCACAAACAUUCUGUGCCACUGUAAAUGGAACUGAUUUUGAUUUGCUUCGGAUUCCUAUCCUGUUAUAAUGUUUGACUGGAAUUGAACUGUUUGACUGAAGUUAAUCUAUAGUGCUGAAAGCAUAAA